AUGGACUCUUCCCUUGGUCACGGUGCCGCUUUUGUGUGCCAGCCGGUCGAGCCGCUGUCUGGCUUUGUACAGUCACCAUUGUGGAGGGGAUGCUGCGGAACAAGGGACAACGGCAUCGGAGGCCAGGUUCUGUCUGGGCAGGUGCCGCACUCUUUUUAUGAAUGGCGCCGCGUUCCAAGCUCCUGUAAGCACAAAGCUUGCGGGUCUCGAGACGUCUCGAACGGUCGUUUCAGCAGCAGUACUGAUCUCCCCAAUCUUCUCCAGGUUUGGCAGCGACGGCGUGGUCGGCAUUUUUUCGUAGGAGCAGAGAAUCAGCCGAAGCUCACGACGUCGAUGUGCCGCAGCUUUGUGCAUGCGGCAGCCAGACCUUCAUUUUAG